AUGCGAGUUCCGGAGAAACCUAAAACCCUUAGAGAACACGAUGUGGAAGAGAUCGUAAGCGAUAUACAGUUGUUAUCACUGGUUCAUGACAGAGAGAAGGAAACAAAGACGGCAAGUCCAUCCAGUUGUCCUGCAUCAAAGAACUUCAAUAAUCUUCAGACAGAUGGACUGGGACGAGAAUUUACCUUUACUGGAUACGACAUCAUGGCCGAUGUCCCACCCGGGUCCGUGUUUAAAACAAAAUUACAGAAAGAAACAGAAAAGGCCGCGGAACUUUACGUGGCAACCUGUCGUCAUCUUGGUAUUACCCCAGCCUCGUACUUUGCCCAGAGACUUCUAAAAUCGGAAAUUACAAUGAAAAGCCAUGGUCUGGGGCCGACAGGAGCAAGGGCCAUUGCUGUGGCACUCGUGGACAAUAUAAACGUGCAGAAAUUGGAUUUGGAAGAUAACGGCAUAGGUCCCGAUGGGGUAAAAUGUGUGGCAGAAAUGUUAAGUGAUAACAACACGAUAACGGAUUUGGGCGUCGCUGGGAAUCAGAUUGGUUCACAUGGGAUGUGUGCAAUAAAAGAAGUUGUGUGUCAACAUCAGUUUAUUACCAGGCUGGACAUAUCCGGAAAUGAGCUUAAUGAUCACAGUGCUCGCCAAAUACAGGACAUACUAGAGACUAAUACUUGCCUUACCGAACUGAAGGCUAGUCAUAACAAAUUUGGAGAGGAAGGAGGGAUUUAUCUCGGGAAAGCCUUAAUUAAGAACAACACAUUGGCAACACUUGAUAUAAGCUGGAAUCAUUUGAGAGGGAAGGGGGCUGUUGCCAUCGCAAGCUGUUUACAGAAAAACGAAGGUUUGAGAGUUUUGAACGUGGCGUGGAACGGGUUUGGUACGGACGGUUGCAUUUCUUUACAGAAAUCUCUUCGCAUUAACGACACACUUAGAGAGCUGGACAUUUCAUCCAAUCGAAUAGAUAUGAAUGGCAUAGGCCCGCUGGUGAAUGGAGUCCAGCACAAUGGAGGCCUUAGGGUUUUGCGGCUGGGCCAAAAUCCGGUUACGCCAGAUGUGUGUGUGGUAAUACUAAGAGCUCUGGAAAAAUCCAAGAAAACUGUUUUAGAAACUUUGGAUUUAAUGGACAUACUGGUCGACAAAGAAUUUGAGGAAGUACUGAAGACAGUACAAGAGAAAAUGCCCUUGAAGGUUAUAACUGGAGCUGCCAUCAGGAACUCGGACAUUGUGUAUCGUGACGGGAAGGGUAUCUCAGGCAUGGACCCCAUCAAGCUGCUCUUUGAGUACAUGAACAGGGAAGGACUGCGGAUCAUUGACCUUUUCACAUCUCUGGACAGGGACGGAAGUAGAUCCGUUAAUCACAAGGAGUUCCGAGAAGGGCUUUUGAGUGUGAAUGUUCCGCUGACUGAAGACCAGAUAGAACGACUGAUCGAUAGAUUGGAUAAAGAUAAAGAUGGGGAGGUGGACUUCUCGGAGUUGAUCGAAGGUGAGAGGGCGUAUAAACGAAAACAGCUGAGGUUAAAGAUGAAGAAGGAGGAGAUAGCAAAACAGAAAAGGAUACAACGAAAGAAAGAAAGAGAGGCAGAGAAGAAAGUCAAUGAGGAAGGCGUUGAACUGUGA